ACAACGUAAAUGUAUUUUUUACGAUGAAGUCAAGCUGACAUAUUUUCCCGAAGAGUACACAUUUUCGUCGUGCAUGAAGGAGUGCCGUAUGAAAAAGGCCAUUAAGCUAUGUAAAUGCUUGCCACCGUUCUAUAAGCCGGUCGCCAAUGUGAAAAUGUGUGGCCUCAACGAUAUGGAUUGCCUAACGGAAUAUCGUAAUAAUAUCACCAACAUCAAGGAUUGCAUGCAAUGCGAAUUGAGCUGUUCGAAAACGGUCUAUAAUAUUGAGAAAUUGAUUAAGAACAUUGAACGUCCUGAUGCUCCUGGGGUUUUGGUGGAAUUUCUAACCUGGCCCAUUAUCCGCUACAAACGUGAAGUAUUAUUCGGUUGGGUUGAUCUGUUGGUAUCAUUUGGUGGUAUUGCCAGUUUAUUUUUGGGUUUCUCUUUGCUGUCUGGUGUGGAGAUUAUUUAUUAUUUUACGCUGCGGGCCUGUUGCAUGGUCUAUAAGAAUCGGCAACAAUUGGAAGAAAUCGAAGAGAGAAUACAAAAUCAACCUCCACCACCAAUCAAUAUGACCUUGGGUAUGAAAUCGUAUACUGCUCCGAUUGUGGUUACCGAAAAACAGCCAUUGAAUAGCGAUGAUGGCUUAAAUGCCACCAAUGAUAAGCCACCAGAUUACAAUGAAAUUGGUGGACGUCGCAGGAAGGCGGAUAAGGAUUAUACAACCUUUGCAAAAUCCAUGUACAAGACCCCAAAAACGUUACCAACGUAUGCUGAUGCCACAACUAACAAUUGGGAAUAUGGCCACUAUUUGCCUUAA